UAAUGCCAUGAUAUAAAACUUGAUACUUUUUAGUAUAAUAUCAUUAUUAUUUAGUUAAUAAAAAAAAUAUGAGUCGUUUUAUUCUGUUAGAAUUUUGUUUAUUAUUACUUUGUGCCAUAUGGCUAGCUGAAGCGCCACACAAUACAAUAAAAAUCACUAAUAUGGUAAAUAAUAUUUUCAAUAAUAAAGGAUGGAUAAAUCUAAAUGACGUAGAAAAAGGUAUUUUUUUUAACAAAAAUUAUAUUUUUGAAGAAAUUUUUAAAACUCCCAAUACUAGAUCUUGUGAUAGACAAAUAAGGGGCUCUACUAUUAUUCUGGCUUGUUCGUACAUGAAGGAUUUCAAGUUAUUAAUCUAUGUAUUCAAACAGUUUAUUAUACAUUGUAGAUAUUUGAAUAAUUCUACGAUACUAAAAAUUAUGGGAUAUGAGUGCGCCACAAAGUUUUUAAAUGUAAUAAAUAAAAUACCUUUAUUAGUAACAAUAAUGGAAGGAUCUCUAAUGGCAUUGGACUCAUUACAUACAAAACCAUGGGAUACCGGCAAAAAUUACUAUACAAAAUCAGAUUACAUGUUUAUUAAAGUGUCUACAAUGUUUCAUAGUAUGUCUUUCAAAGAUAUUCUCUUAUCAUCAAAUGAUUCCUCUUCCAUUAAUAAUAUAUUAAAAACCAUAGAUAUGUUUUUUAUAAACAUAGAAAGUGAAAUUAAUAUUGGUAUAAAGGGACACUGUGAAUAUAAACCUUAUAUUCUAGACUCAUUAUGGAAAAAUUUGAAUGAAGAAUACAAGAAUACCUCUUUUAGUAAAAACAAAAACCAAAGGUUAUAUGACUAUUUGAGUAAAAAAUUAUAUCAUAAAUUUUUAACAAUCAUUUACGACAAAUAUCACAAUUUAGGAUUCGACUACGAUUUAAAAACCAAGAAAAUUUUUACACGUGAACAAUUGAAAUCUAUUGAAAUUGACAGUAAUUUGCAAUUGAAUAGUGAAUGUGGAAUAAAAUUGAAAUUAGAAAAUGAAGAUUCUUAUGAACGAGAAUCGGACAAUCAAUCCAAAAAUAAUGAGAUAAUAGAAUUGAUCAAAUUUCUUAACGAAGGAUUAAACCCCGAUUCUAUACUUGAAGAACAUGAUUGAUCACAAAUAUAUCAAUACAAACAUUUAUAAAAUUAUUUAAGCUAUUUUUCAAUUAAUAAUAUAUGUAUAUAUUUUUUUUUAAUUAAAUGCUGUAAGUAUCCAAUUUGUAUUAACAUCUUUUAAAAAAUCAUAUUUAAGUCAAAUUAAAUCUAACGAUUAGAAGUUUAUUUAAAUAGUCUAAUAUAAUAUUGCAUAUUUAAGAUAUUAUUAUACGAUCCUAAUUAUUUGAUUAAGCAAUCUAAAACAUAACUGAGCAUUUAAAAGUUCUAUGAUUUUGAUCAUAGAAGUUUAAUGAUGCACAUUCAGUCUAAAACUAGGGAAUUAUUAAUUUUGCAAACCAACUCGGUCAAGAGACUAAAACGAGUUUUAUUAAUUUGAUACUUUAAAAUAAUGAUUAAUGAAUAAAAAUAUAAGUUUUAGUCGCAACAUUUUUGUAUUUUUUUUUUAAAUCUUUUGUUCAGUUUUUAAUUAUUAUAUCAAAUUUAUACUAUUA